CUCAGAACGAGUAAGUAUGGCAGACGUUGGCAGCUCGUCCGCUGUGCGCAUCCUGCGCGUGAAGUUGAACAAAGCGACGAACCUCGUGGCAGCUGACUAUGGUAUCCCUGGACUCGUGGAAGGCAAGAGCGAUCCUUACGUGGUGCUGUCUAUUGGCGAGAAAAAGUUUAAGAGCACAUGCAUCUCGUCCACGCUGAACCCGGUGUGGGGGUACGAAGCCUUUGAGUUCCACCUCACAGAGCGAGACAUGUACAGAGAAGCAUUGAUUGUGGAGGUAUACGACCACGACUUGCUAACGCCGGACGACCUGAUCGGCAAGGCGUACAUCGCGCUCGCACAGUUUGAGAUGGAGCAGGGCGGUGUCGUCGAGGCGGCGUGGCCGUUGGACAUUCCCGACGAGUUUACCAAGCAAAACGCAGACAGCUUGCUCCACGUGACUGUGGAAGUGAUCACUGGCGUCGAAACCCAAGACCAGAUCGUGGAAACGAUGCUGGAAUUCGAAUCGUGGUCGCUCCUCCAAGGAUGGAAGCAUCUGUCCAAGGAGUACACGUCGCAGCCGCCGAUUCCCCAGGGGUACGAGUCGGCGCUAGGCUGGGUCGUGACGCUGCAUCCGUUCAGCGGCCCCGACAUCAUCGACGACCUCGACAUGAACGGAUGGUUCUACGCGUCGUCGCGCAACAAGGGGCCGUGGUACAAGAGCACCAAGAACCACCCCACGGCCAUGUAUCGCAAGCGCGAAUGGACGCGAUCAUUCACCAAGAUGCGCGUGGCGACACAGUACCAAACAAAAGAGCAGGACGAAACCAUCGACGAGAUCCUGCAUCGAUAUGGGUUGUCCAACGACACCAAGAACAGGGCGAGACACUAACAUGGGGAUAUUCAAGUCCACGGAGUAUGUGCUACUGGUAGUUAGUAUACAUGUAGGAAAUGCGCCUCCUCGCAAACACACAAUGCCGACACGUGCAAUAGCA